GACCUGACAACAGUGCACGCAAACAAUUUGCAGCAUCAUGGAAGAAGAUAAUCACAAAAAAGUUACAAAAUUAUUCUGUAAAAGAGAAGGGAUAUGCAGUAAAAACAACAAUCUUGAAAAUGUCAGAAGAAAGAGAAAGUACGCUAACAAAAGAAAGGUGAGGAAAAUAAAAGUUAGAAUCUAAACUUUGUUGUAACUUAUUACCCUAUAAAAUAUUAAAAUCAAAAAGGGGGUGACAAAAAAACAUAUCUUAAUUUGCAAAACCAAGACAAAAAGUAAUGGUAAUCCACCUAUAUAGUGAAAACAUUAAUUAGUAUGUGACUAUUUACUGUGCCGCCCAAAAUCUUCCCUUUAAAUUCCCUUCUCCACCUUACUUUCUCCUCAGAGUCCUCUAAACCUCAAGUUUUGCUCUAACUGCCAUACAACAUAACACUAAACAACCGUUUCAUUUCUUCCCUAACCAAAACAGAAAUGGAGUUAGUCUCAUUCUUCUGGUUCCACAGGCGGAACAAGAGUUUCCUCAGAGUUUUCAUGAUCUUAGUUGUAAGCUCUAUACCAGGUAGAAUCAAUCUCUGUUCCGAUAAUUCUGUUCGUACUCCAACAGAUUUACCUCCUUCAAACCCUUCAGAUAUCCGUUCUUCGUUAGAUGCACUAGAUUUGGAGGGUUACAUAAGUUUCAAUGAUGUCGACUAUGCGGCUAAGGACUUUGGCAACAGAUACCAUUUCCCACCGCUGGCAGUUCUAUAUCCGAAGUCAGUUUCCGAUAUUUCAUCAACAAUAAAGCAUAUAGUCCAUCUGGAUAACCCUUCAAAUCUAACAGUAGCAGCUAGAGGCCAUGGUCACUCGCUUCAAGGACAAGCUCAAGCUCAUCAAGGUGUUGUGAUCAACAUGGAGUCACUUAGAAGUCCUCAGAUCAGGAUUCACAAGGGAAAGCAACCAUAUGUUGAUGUUUCAGGUGGUGAGUUAUGGAUUAAUGUUCUACGUGAGACUCUAAAAUAUGGGCUUUCACCAAAGUCCUGGACAGACUACCUCCAUCUGACUGUUGGAGGUACUCUAUCUAACGCUGGGAUCAGCGGUCAGGCAUUCAAGCAUGGACCACAGAUCAACAAUGUGUACCAGCUGGAGGUUGUCACAGGGAAAGGAGAAGUGCUGACCUGUUCAGAGAAGCAGAACUCCGAGCUUUUCCACGGUGUUCUUGGAGGGCUUGGACAGUUUGGCAUAAUCACGCGGGCACGAAUAUCACUUGAACCAGCACCAAAUAUGGUGAAAUGGAUCAGGGUACUCUAUUCGGAGUUCUCAGCAUUCUCAAGGGACCAAGAGCAUCUAAUUUCGAGGGAGAACGGUUUCGAUUACAUUGAAGGAUUUGUGAUAAUCAAUCGAACAGGUCUCCUCAAUAAUUGGAGAUCCUCCUUCAAUCCAAAAUAUUCCAAUCAGGCAAGCCAAUUCAAUACAGAUGGGAAAACCCUUUACUGUUUAGAAGUGGCCAAAUAUUUCAACCAAGAAGACGGUGCCUUUGUGAACCAGGAAAGCGACAGAUUACUAUCAGAGUUGAAUUAUAUUCAAUCUACGUUGUUCUCAUCUGAAGUGUCAUAUAUCGAGUUUCUGGACCGGGUGCAUAUAUCAGAGAUAAAACUGAGGGCGCAGGGUUUAUGGGAGGUCCCACAUCCCUGGCUAAAUCUUCUAAUUCCAAAAAGCAAAAUAUUCGAGUUUGCUACAGAGGUUUUCAACCGUAUACUCACAAGCAACAGCAAUGGACCUGUCCUUAUAUAUCCAGUCAAUCAAUCCAAGUGGAACAGUAACACAUCUUUGGUCACUCCAAAUGAAGACAUCUUCUAUCUAGUCGCGUUUCUUUCCUCUGCAGUGCCAUCUUCAACAGGAACAGAUGGCUUAGAGUACCUUUUGAAACAAAACCAAAGAGUUCUUGAUUUCUGUGCAGCAGCAAACCUCAAUGUUAAACAAUAUUUGGCCCGAUAUGAAACUCAAGAAGAGUGGAAAACACACUUCGGCAAUCGGUGGGAAACCUUUGCACAGAGGAAAUACGCUUACGAUCCUUUGGCGAUACUAGCUCCAGGGCAGAGAAUUUUCCAAAAGGCGACACAAUUGUCUGCAAUCCAACGUCUUCUGUGAGGCAAAUCGAACAACCAUUACUCGGAGUUACAUCAGAGCAUCAUGCCGACAUUGAAGACACAUGAAACUAUUAAACUUAGAGCUGUAAAUUAUGAGGUAUAAGUUUCGACAUAUCUUGUAGGUUGCCUGGCCCUGACAUUAAGCAGAUAGAUGAAAGACAGUGGAAUUC